AUGCCAGAAGAUAUACGUGACAAGCCUACUCUCAUUGUGUGUGAUGGACACUCCAGCCGCGAGAAUCCUCUGGCAUUGUUCCUUUUGGCAAGUGCCAACAUCAAAUUAAUUGUUCUUCCCGCACAUACAACACACAUUUUACAAGUAUUUGAUGUUGGCAUUGCCAAAAGAUUAAAGUCCAAAUUCACGGAUUAUCUAAGAGAUUACAUUAAGGCACCGAAGCAAGAGUUCAACAGCAAUGCUGCAAUGAUGCGCUACGCCAGUAUCUACUCAUUUAUUAGCGCAUGGCAAGAAUCAGUAUCAUUAAGAACGGUUCAAAAUGCUGCUGCCGCCUGCGGUCUUUGCCCUUGUUCUGUAGAAGCUCUCAAACAUAAUAAGUAUGUUCGUGAAUUGACUCCUGCAGAAAAAGAAUUGCAAGAGAAAAGAAAUUACCGUAAUCGAAAUCGUUUUAACAUCAAUGGUGAAGAAUUGACGACGAUGGACAUGAUUUGCGCAAUUUCUGACAAUAUUAAGAAGAAUCCUGCAAAUCACAGAUUUUGCAGGAAGCCAGAACAAGACACCAAGGAACGUUUCUACUUUUGGAUUACAAACUAUCUUGAUCCCAGCACUGAGUUGUUGACAAAACUCCCUAAUAUGCCAGGUUAUAGUCCAAAUGAUUAG